AUGAAUUCUAAUAGAUCUCCAAAGCAGUGGUCCCUCACAAAGAACGAAACCAUUACUACAUUCGAAGCUUGGAGACAGAAUCUGCAAUAUUUCCUUUCUCUCGAUGUUAAUUUUGCCCCGUUUUUAGCUCACAAUUUUAGGUGGCUGAAAAAGUCUUCUACUGCUCCCAAUAUAGGACUCGAGCCUGAUGGCGACGACGUUCCUACCACUCGCCGACGUACUGCCUUUCAGAAAAACUUACACCUUGACCUCAUGUUGGGCCAGAUAGCCAACUUCUGUACCGUUAUUUCACGUAGUUCAAUCGUGAACAAUUCAACUUCCAUCAGCUCCGUUUGGUAAGCCAUAUGGUCGUUUUAACUUAGUUAAAACUCUUACAAUCCGACCUACCCGCACUCGUAAAACAGCGCUAUGGCACAGAGUUAAGAUCUAAGACUCUGGCCUCCUUGAAACCCGAAAUUUCGCAGGCUUUGGAUUCCUUUCUGGAGGAAAUUCGCAGUACCGCCGACCAAAGUCCUCCGCACCACAGCGUCGCGGUUCAGACACCCACCGCCUCGCCCUUCGCCCAAGCCUUCUCCCCAGCCAUAGGCUCCUACCAAGCGACCAAAGUCCUGUCCACUUUGUAGGCCAGUCGUAAUGACCAUCCAGAGGACCGUACUUUUCUGUCUCGGUCUCGCUUCAUGUCUACCUUUGACGACGAAGAUCCUGACUAUAUGAAUUAUUCGCCCCCUCUCUUCACGGCCGAACAUGAACACUCAUUAUUUACCUCAGAACGCUCGGUCUCACGUCGCGUUAGUACUAAAGUCACCUUACUUCGAAGCCUUCUACAAGCAUUACCCAGUUCAGCUCACCCUCGACACAGGUGCGGAAACUAG